CUCUCUUGCACUCCCUCAUUCAUUCUUGCAUUGCUCCUGCUUUUUCCAAGGAGGCUACGCACACAGACAGACACAGAAUGUCCAUAGUGAGCAUUGUAGCGAGGGAGAUCCUCGACUCCAGGGGAAACCCAACUGUGGAAGUGGACCUACAAACUGAGAAAGGUAUCUUCAGGGCAGCCGUGCCAAGCGGUGCCUCUACGGGGAUCUACGAGGCCCUGGAGCUCAGAGAUGGAGACAAGAGCCGCUUCAAGGGCAAAGGAGUGCUCAAGGCUGUCGGCCACAUCAAUGACACCAUAGCGCCAGCCCUGAUCGAGUCUGGAAUCAGCGUGGAGGAGCAGGUGAAACUGGAUAACAUGAUGAUCGAGAUGGAUGGCACUGAUAAUAAAUCUAAGUUUGGAGCCAAUGCCAUUCUGGGAGUUUCUUUGGCCAUAUGCAAAGCUGGUGCAGCAGAAAAAAGUGUCCCCCUGUACCGCCACAUUGCUGACCUGGCAGGAAACACAGACCUGGUUCUGCCUGUUCCUGCCUUCAAUGUAAUAAAUGGAGGCUCCCAUGCCGGGAACAAGUUGGCCAUGCAGGAGUUCAUGGUGCUUCCCGUUGGGGCGGAGUCAUUUCGUGAGGCGCUGCGCAUCGGCACCGAGCUGUACCACACCCUCAAAGUGGUCAUACGGGAGAAGUACGGCCAGGACGCCAUCAAUGUCGGAGAUGAAGGGGGCUUUGCCCCCAACAUACUGGAGAACAGUGAGGCUCUGGAGCUGCUGAAGACAGCCAUAGCGCAGGCCGGCUUCACGGAUAAGGUGGUGAUCGGAAUGGACGUGGCGGCGUCGGAGUUCUACUGCGAGGGCAAAUACGACCUGGACUUCAAGUCCGCCCCCAACACAGACCGUCACAUCAGCGCAGACGAGCUCUCGCAGAUAUACCAAGGCUUCAUCAACAACUACCCAGUGGUGUCCAUUGAGGACCCCUUUGACCAGGAUGACUGGCCGGCGUGGUCUCAGCUUACGGCCGCAGUGGGCAUCCAGAUAGUGGGGGAUGACCUGACGGUGACCAAUCCCAAGCGGAUACAGCGUGCCAUCGAGGAGCGCGCCUGCAACUGCCUCCUGCUCAAGGUCAACCAGAUCGGCUCGGUCACGGAGGCCAUCAAGGCCUGUAAGCUGGCCCAGGAGAACGGCUGGGGCGUGAUGGUGAGCCACCGCUCAGGGGAGACGGAGGACACCUUCAUAGCUGACCUGGUGGUGGGACUGUGCACCGGACAGAUCAAGACUGGGGCCCCUUGUCGAUCUGAACGUCUAGCCAAAUACAACCAGCUCAUGAGGAUCGAAGAGGAGCUGGGAGACCAAGCGCGCUUCGCUGGAAACAACUUCCGGAAUCCCAGUGCCAUCUGAAUGUCACCCUCGUCCGCGGCCGACGGCGUCAUCGGGAAGGGGGUUGUCAUCGAUGUUACAAUGCUACAACACUCAAACAGGCGUACAAACAAAGCACCCUAAAUCUGGAUUGCACCCGUACUGACAGCCAUGUCUCACAAACCAGUUAAUAACAGGGCACCUAAUGGCAUAACAUAGUCCUCAUCCUAAUUGUGUACCACUGACAAAGCGAAGAGAGAGCUUCUCAAAGUUCACCCGCCACGUAAAUAGAAAACGCUUCAACGUGUCACUGUCAAGUUUCCAGCACACUAUUGUUCCAGUUUUGUGUCGUCCAUUCUGCCCUAUUGAUACCAGACAUAAUGAUCCAUUUGUGUUCAAAAACCUGUUACUGUGCUUGAACUGCUUUCAGUUCCGCUUGCAGUCUCUUUGUCUCUCCCUCUCUCUCUCUUUCUUUCUUUCUCAAUCAGUCUCUCAUUUCCUCUGCCCCCACUUUCCCUCUCUCCUCUGCUCUUUCUCUCUUCCUCUCUUUUCUCUCUGGAUUUCUUUCUCUCCCUCUGCUUCGACUCGUCCUCUCUCCAUCUCUCUUUACAAAGUCUCUCUUUCUCAUAUAACAGUUGACCCUGGAAGCAAGCCAACCCUGGUCUGGCGUACAGUGUGCAGCAGUAACUGUACUGUGAGGCACCGUAUCAGCACUUCCCGUGUCAAUGAUGCCUGUUUGGGUGGCUCUGCUCUCCUCUAGGUUUUCUGUGUAAACCCUUGUCUCCUCCUCUCAUUUUUCCUUCUCUUGCUUUCUUCUCUUUUCUCCUUUCUUCUGUGCCCUUCUCAUCUCUUCUCAUGUCUUCUCUCCACCCUUUUCUUCGACUCUUCUCCUUUCUCAUUCUCUUCUCUAUCAUCAGUCAACAGAACCAUUGCUCCCCUGAACUGUAACCAAAUCCGGUGGUCUCUUUAACUCAUUCUCUCACAUAAAACUCAACUGUGUGGUUAAUGAUGUGGAUCUUCUGUGAUUGCGUGUGAGUGUCUCUAUGAAUGCUAGUUUACUGUUGCACUGAUGUUAUUGGUAGAUAAGCUCCGUUUUCUGGAUAUAAAUUGAAUAAA